AUGUCUGCCACCGACCACCCGGCGUCCGGGGUGUCCGAGCCCAGCGACCAGCACGAGAUGGGGGCCGCCAUGACUUCUCCGCAGCAGAGCUCCCAUGCCGAGCCCACCACGACAGAAUCCCUCUCUGCCCCAGCAAACCCGGAUGCCGCCGCAGAUGCCCCUGCAUCGGAUGUGUCCGCAAAUCCUUCACAGGCCCUGCCAGGCGAAGAUGCGGCCAUCGCGACCCAGCACCCCGCAACCGGUGGCGAAGUCGCCCCCGUGACAGCAACGACUAGCACCACGGCCACACCAACGAACGACACCGCCAACGCCGUCACGCAGCCCCAGAACCCGGACGCAUCGUUGUUGGCGACGGAUGAACCUAAGUCUGGCGCUGAGCUUUCGGUCGAGCAGUCGGAGGAUAUGUCGGGGAAGGAGGUUGAAGAUGCAGGCCCGUCGCUGGUGAUCACGCUGCUGCUGACGACGGGGUCGCGGCACCCGUUCACCAUCGAUGCUAAGUAUUUGCGGAAACAAUCAGUCAAUGUAGAGAACAACGACCCCUUUGCAAUGAGCGUCUACACGCUGAAGGAAUUGAUUUGGCGAGAAUGGCGAUCUGAUUGGGAAACCCGUCCGUCGUCGCCGAGCUCUAUCCGCUUGAUUUCCUUUGGAAAACUCUUAGAUGACAAAUCGCCUCUGUCUGACUCAAGAUUCAGCGCAGACCACCCCAAUGUCGUACAUAUGACCGUCAAGCCGCAAGAGGUGGUAGAUGAGGAAGAUGCCAAGGGCGCGAAGUCGCAGUUCGGCCGGGAGCGUGAUGCUAACGAGCGCAGUCCCGGAUGCCGCUGCGUGAUCCUAUAG